AUGCCGGUGAUACAAUAUAUAAGAGCCUCCGUAUCCAGUCCAGUCAACCAGUAUGCCAGAAUCCUGUUCAGUAGUAAUACGGGCUACUGUGUAAUGGAGCUAUCCAAGGAAUCUUGUGGUGAUGAUAUUAGCGAUAUCAGUGAGGGAGCCGAAGAGAAGAAGAUAAAAGAGAAAAAAGAUACUACUUCAACUAGCAAGUCUAUUAUUGUUAAAAUAGAAAACCAUAUCCAUUCCAAUGAUGAAAAUGUGGCUUUGAGAAAGUUGGUUAAUAUAACGCCUGAGACUAUAUCAAAAAAACAACGUUAUUGUUAUUAUUCGUCCAAUAUGUCACCUGUAGAGUUCACAUCUGAAAAUCCAUAUUGUCGUUUCAAAGUAGUUUGCUAUACAAAAAUUCCCAAUUAUCGUAAUGAAGAUGGUAUUGUGCAAAUUAUAAUUGGAAGGGGCCUUUCAGAAGUGGAGGCCUACAAACAGGAAGUUAUUUCAGCAUUGAGUCUAUUAUUCGGAGGUAAUGAAGUUGUUGUUAAUGAAAUUUUUGCUGCUGAAGUACCAAACAAAACGAACUUCAGAUUUUACAUUCAGCAAGUUUUUCCUAAUGGAGAGAUUCAACGUGCAUCUACCACUGACACCUUUAGUCAUAUGUUAAGAGCAUCAUACAAUUCAAUUUUUAAGAUUAUUCCAAUGUUGACUUUAACUGAACAACAAAUGAAGAAAUAUCUUGAUACACCGCAAAGAGGAAUUGAUCCAGCAUUGUGGGAACUGGGCAAGCAAAAAAAUCCUGACCCAAAGAAAUUGAUACCUGUUGUAAAAGUGGGAUUUCAGGAAUUACAGAAACAGUUCAAGUAUCAAGAAGAAUAUGGUAAUAAAAUUCAUAAUAGUAUGAAGAAUAUUAUGGAUGAUAUAAGACAAUUAAGUUGUAUGCAGACGACAAUUAAAGUUACCAUUCAGAAUUUUAAGUUGAAACAGACAAAUAUAAUGCGCCGAGUUCUAAAAUUGGUGUCAGCACAAGAGGUUGAAAGGAAAAAAAAUCUACCACUAGAAGAAAUAGAGGAUCAGAUUCGACUGCGAUUAGAAAACUUGUAUAUGCAGCUGCAGGACCUCAAGGGAUGUUUGAAUGAACUAAUGGCUCAGUCUAUAAAGCCUGGUAGUUUUCCGCGAGCCCAACGGUAUGGACUGGUUGUUGACAAAGUGCAGGAUAUAUUACAAUACCUAAAAUGGCAGCAGGAUGCACUUCAGGCUAUAGUUAACAUACUUAAGGAAGAUAUACAAGUGGUCGUUAACAUAAAGAAGAACAUCAGCUAAGUUUUGAGAGUUAAGGAAAUUGGCUAACCGUCAACCAACUUCCCCAAACCACAUUCAAACAUUGGUAAUUAACCCUAUCAUUGUUUAACACCUCCCUCCACCCUUUCAGGGAGGGUAUGAUGCUACACUGAAUUUUUUUUUGUUCGUAACUAGCAACACACAUUGAACUGAUGAUAUUUCACUCUCUCAGGGAGGGUAUGAUGCUACACUGAUUUUUUGUUUGUAACCCGCAACACACACAUUGAAUUGAUGAUAGUCAAUAAAUUAAAUUUUAGUCUAGUUCCUUUUUUUUUUUUUUUUUUUCACAUACAAUAAGUGCACUCUGCCCAUUAGGCAAAGUAUUAUAAUAAUUUUGCUAGAUAUUGAU